AUGGUGGAGAGUGAAGAGAAGGUUGGGCAGGCAGAAAAGGAAGAAAAUGUUGGAGAAGAAAUUGUGAACGAGGGCAAGCUAGAAAGUGGGGAAAUGGUUGAAGAAGAUAAAGCAGAUGAAGGAGAAGAAGGCAGAGAAGAUAAGGCAGAGAAAGUAUCAGAGGAUGAAAUAGGAGAGAAAGAGGGAGAGGAAGUAGUUGAGGAAAGGGUUGUGGAUGCAGAGGAAGCUAGUGAACUUAAAGCAGAGGAAGGAGAAGACAAGGCAACAACUGAUGUCAAAGAUAAUGCGGAUGAGAAAGAUGAAUCUGACAAAGAGAGUGACUCAGCUCCAAUUGCUGGAGACAGCACUGAGGCCAGAGAGACCCUAGUCAACAGGGAAGAAACAGAGAGAAAAUACUGUGAGGUAGAUGCUUAGAAUGGAGAGACAGCUGCAGCCUCUACGGCUCAGAGUGAAACCUCAAGAGAGGAGACAGAGUCCACAAGCCAAGACACCAAAGGUAAGAACGAUACAGAAGUAGAGGACAGGGCUGAUGAAAAGGACAUGGAGGCAGAAACAAAGACGGAUGAACUAGACAAGGUGGAGACAGAGGAAAAUGCUGAAGACCAGGAGGAGGCAAGUGACAAGUGAAAACAGCAAAGUAGAUCAGGAUGCAGACACCGAGGACAAAUAAUCUAAGGCAGAGGAAGUGUCUCCCGAGUGGCGCAGUGGUCUAAGGCACUGCAUCGCAGUGCUAGCUGUGCCACUAGAGAUCCUGGUUCGAAUCCAGGCUCUGUCGUAGCCGGCCGCGACCGGGAGACCCAUGGGGCAGCGCGCAAUUGGUCCAGGGUAGGGGAGGGAAUGGCCAGCAGGGAUGUAGCUCAGUUGAUAGAGCAUGGCGUUUGCAACGCCAGGGUUGUGGGUUCGAUUCCCACAGGGGGUAUGAAAAAAAAAUAAUGUAUGCACUAACUAACUGUAAGUCGCUCUGGAAAGGAAGCUAACAGAGAUAGCCCUGCUGGUUCACAUGUAGGAGACCCAGAGCCAGUAAACACUGGGGUUAAAUCCAAAGAGAAGGCUACGUUAGAGAAUGCUGAGAAGGAGACUGAGAAUCUCAAGGAAUCUGAGGAGUCUCAAGUGCAAUCUGAACAAAAAACUCAGUCAAAGGACAGAAUUGACGAUGAUAUACUUGAGAGUGAAGAUAAAGACCCAGGUACAAACACAGAGAACUUGGAUGAAGGCAAAGAGAAAGUAGACAAUGAAAAGACAGAGGUGACUGUUGUUUCUGCAGAGUCACAAGCUCAAGCUUCAGAACCCAGAGCUAUGGAUUUAGAAGAUACUACAGAGACUGAAUUAGAUCUGAAGGAAAAAAUAACCUAAAAGGGACGACGACUCCACAGAAAGGGCAAGCAAGCCAUCUGAAGAAGGAGCCAGCAUUGUGCUCAAACCUCAGUCAGAAACACCACAAAAAGAAAGCAUUGCAUCUGGUAAAGAAGCUAAUGUACUUGAGGAAAGAAGUGUUACUGAUGAGGAACAUGCUGUAACUCUAGAUACCUUGGAGAAAGAAAAUAGGGUUCUUGUAACUAACUGGGUGAACGUACAUCAAUCCUCAAAGUUCUUCGAGACAUUCAUAGACCCCCUAGAUUACCUUACUUCUGAUAAUACAAUCAGUGAGUCUAAUUCGAAUGUCAGGUCUAUAGAGUCAGCACACGUGACCGAGCUUUCUAUACCAGAGAGUCCUACCAAAACGAUAAAGACACCGGACCCGAAACCGGACGAUCACUAUACCAACGCUUCGGAGAGGAGCGCAGCCGUUGAAGGCAGAGGUGACACCAUUGUUGAGAGUGCAGUUAAUGAACUUAAAGAGGCAGGCUCAACAACAAAAGAUGAAAAUAAGUCAAACGGUAAUAACAAGGUGGAAGUGAUCCAAUCAGAUCUCAGGAGUACUCACUCAAGAGAAGAUGAACCCAGUGAAACAGGGCCAACCAAAGACUUUCUGGAGCCGAAAAAAGAAACAGAAGUCACUGUCUUUACACUGUCUAUUGAACCUGAACACAGCAGCGGAGAAGCCACAGCCGGGCCAGAGGAGAAGGGUCAACGUUCUUCAGAGGAGCUUAAAGAAACGACAGGGAUGUCUGAGGCUAACAAGGAUAUGAAAGACAUUUCCAAAACUGACGUUGAAAGCAUUCGGUGCUCUAACCAUUUAGCUUCCAGUGGCAGGCCUGAAAAUAUCAGUGAGAAUUCAGCAGAGACUGAAGAAACCAAAGACAAGUCAGGGUUGGAUGAGCAACAAACAACAGUGGAAGAGAUAACAGACAACUUUCCAAAAAUGGAGAUGAAACACAGGAGCAGUCUGAGAGUUCAGAGAUUCACUCUGAAUCUGAGCCUACUGUCACAACAUCAAGAGAACCAGAAGACAUUAAAGAUACGAAGGAACCGAGUGAGGAAGAGGCUGCAGAGGUUACAGAAAGCAGGAGUGGAGACAACAAAGAUCUACAGCUGA